AUGAGGAUUGUAGCUGUUCUCCUCGUUGUAGCUGUUCUACAGGAUCACAGAGUCACUGCUGUUGGAUAUCCACUGGACAUGGCAUUAAAUUCAGUUGAUGAUCAGUAUAAGGGAUGUACCAAAAAAAUGGCAGAUCUGGUGAAAACAAAAUAUCUGCCGAAGGAACUCAAUAACUCUAAAUCGUUCAAGGAAGCUUGGAAAGUGGCUGAAAGAUCUUUUAAGAAGCCAGAAAAUAACUUGACAAAUAAUCAUUCAAUUGCCAUCUAUCUGUACACUGGGUUAAAACUGUUUCGUGAUUUCAAUAAUGCCACUCAUCAUGGCAGGCAAAACUACACAAAUGAGAAAUACGACUGGUAUUCACUUCACUUCCUGUUAACAGAGGCCUUACAGAUUCUGAAAACAACUCAAAAUAGAUGCUUUGAUACUUUUCGUGGUACAAAGUCAGAGUAUGAACUUCUCGACAACACUGUUCGUUUUGGCUCAUUUGCAUCUUCCUCUUAUAUUCGUAACAAAGCAAUGUUUUUUGGAAGUGUGUCUUGUUUUGAGAUUCACACUUGUGCAGGUGCUGAUAUUACUGAUUAUUCCAUGCUUGAUCGUGAGAAAGAGGUGUUGAUUCCUCCAUAUGAGACGUUUAGAGUCACUGAAACCAAGACAAGAAAGAAGCAGAAAGAUCUGUGGUGUAAUACUGUGUAUGUGUUGAACAGCACUGGAAUAAGGAGUGACCUGAACUGUGCUCUAUGCAGGAGACCAAACAAAAUCGAGAAAAAGCACUAUAUUUUGCUCUGAGCCAAA